GAUAGUGUUGCAAGAAGAGCAAUAUUUGCCUUAUCCUGCCUUGUCAGGGGUUUUCCAUAUGGUCAGCAAGUACUUCUUCAGCAUGGAGGGCUUGAAAUUUUGCGGAAGGUAUUUGACAGAAAUGAUUGGCAGAGUUUGACAACACAGUUGAAGAUUGUAUCUCUUUUGCAUGAUCUUCUAGUAGAGCGAGCUCAAGCAGAAGGAGAGAGGCAACAACAAUUAAGUCAGUCAAAAUUAGAUGAAUAUGUUGUGACAGAUGGCUGGUGUCCAGCUGUAUCCUCUCUCCUAGCAGCAGCAUCCUUUGAUCGAAGAGACCGACGAUACGACAUGAGUGCAGCUCUCAGAAGUGAAAUGCCACUUAGACCAGACCAUGAUACAGUUGAUAAAGUGAUAGCAGCAAUGGGCAGUAUGGUAAAAGUGUGUAGAUACCAGUUCCACGAAACCCUUCCUCUGUUGAGAAGUUUAGCCAAGACAUAUGAAGACUUGGCUUACAAGGAACAGUUUCAGAAUGAUGAUGAUGGUGGCUAUGCCUUAUUUAAGAGUCUUGCUGAGAUGAUAUCCAGGCUAGUCCAAGAUAUCAGAGAAAAGAAUGAACUCUAAGAUCUUUUUGUAAUAUUGCUAUUAGUUGUACAUAUUUUUAUUUAUUAUGUAAGCAAAAACAAAUGAAAUAUCUAAAUAUUUUCUAUGAAUUUCAUGAGUGCAUGUAUAUAUAUACAUGUACUCACAUGCCUAUAUACACACACAGAUAUUGGUUUUCUGAUAAUAUCUCAUGUUUAAUUUUUGGUAUUGUAUAGAGUCAUAUUAUAAUUGUUGUCUGUUAUGUUGAAAUAAAAGAAAGAAAUAUAA